GUGUGUGUGUCUGUGUGAGAGCAUGAGUGAGAGACAGCGAGAGAAAAAGAGAGAGAGUGAGGGAGGGAGAGCGUGAGCGCUUAGCCUGGCAUUUCUUCCCUGUGCCUUUCAGCUCCUCUCCCCCUGAAGAAGGAGGCGUGUCCAUUGGCCAGCAGUAUAAAUUCCAAGAAGAACCACUCGUGUAGAGCCAUUCUCAGGAGCAACCCAUUGCACUGCACCCCAUAUGGAAGAGGAAAUUGCUACUCGACUUGAGAAACCUGACGCCCCUUCCCUACACCUGGACAUUGGCAAACCACAGACUUUUCUCUUUGCACUAUAAGAGGCUUCAUGGGCUCUGUGUGAAUUCUACUUGAAGGGACAAAGACUCACCUAAAUAGACAUUUGUUCUACUUCCCAACAAAUAACCACUUUGUGCGACUCAAAGACUUAAAGACUUUCGUCGGAUGGGAGAGCAAGGACUAGAUAUUUAGCAUUCUUUGAUCUACCUGCAUUCUUUCUCCAACAUCCCAAACAUCCCAGGGCUAGGAAAUCAAGCCAAAAAAAAGGCGAGGUAAAACAGCGGGGACAUUGUGUUCCAACUCCUGCCAAAACCCCUGCCACCCGAAACACCAACCAGCGGGCAACAUCAAAGACCAAACCCUCCAACCGCCUCCCUCCCAUUCCUUACCCUCCAAAACUAAAGCAGAGACCAAACAGUUGUGGGUGAGAGAGCAGAGAAACAGAAGGAAUACUAACAAACGAACUGUGGGAAAGUGCAAGAGAAAUCGAAGGUAAAGAUUUGAGAUCACGCCUUCGGGACUGCCAUGGUGCGAGGUGGCGGUGCGGCUAUAGCGCCGCCCUGCUGGGGCCUGUGGGCGGUGGGCGCCCUUUCGCUGGCGACCCUGUGUCUGACGGAGGAGGCCAUCCGCUGCCCCGUGUGCUCUGAGGAGCGGCUGGCCAGCUGCCAGCUGCCUGAUGGCAGCUGCGAAGAGACGGUGAGGGAGGCGGGCUGCGGCUGCUGCCCCACCUGCGCCCUGGCCAAGGGGGUGCACUGCGGCGUUUACUCGCCCCGCUGUGGCACGGGGCUCCGCUGCUACCCGCCGCGGAACGUGGAGAGGCCCCUCCACUCGCUCAUGCAUGGCCAGGGAGUGUGCACCGACGAGAGGGAUGUGGAAGAGAACUCAGCGAUGGAUGAGGUCAUCCCUGAGCACCCCAAUAACAGCAACAUCCGCUGCAGUCCCCAGGACAAGCGCUGCAUCCAGAAGACCCUGGCCCGCCACCCCGCCAAAUCCACCAAUCAGAGAAGCAAUAACGCCAGGGAGGACCCAAAGGCUGCCCUGGCUCCAUGUCGUGCUGAGCUGCAGAGAGCGCUGGACCGACUGGUGUCCAACACUCGCACCCACGAGGAUCUCUACAGCAUCCCCAUACCCAACUGUGACAAGAACGGAGACUUCCAUGCCAAGCAGUGCCAGCCAGCACGUGACGGGCAGCGGGGAAAGUGCUGGUGUGUCGACCAGAAGACGGGCAUGAAGCUGCCGGGGCCCCUGGAGCUGCGGGGGGAACUGGACUGCCACCAGCUAAUGACUGCAACCAUGAGAGAGUGAGGAGGGGACCGGCGGGGCCCCUGGGGGGCCAGGGCUAGGGCUUAGGGCCAGCCAAAUUCUACUGGUGCUGUUUAGUUACAACUAUGGAAGGAAAGGACUUAACCCUAAAGCCUCACUUCACGUGAGGCUAACGGUACUUGCUUGAUAUGAACAAGAUAAAAGGAAACCAUAGAAUUUUACUAUUGUUUGUUUUCGUGUGUGAGUGUAUGUCUGUAUGCAUCGUUUUGAGCACAUGUGUGUAUUUUACGAUUCUGUGAAGUUAGGCAGAUGCUCUUGCUUUAAAUAACAGGUGGCAAACAACAGGCCCCCGAAUAAAAGUGUUGUAAACACUCUUCUCAAAACAGGACAACAUUGGUUUUGUGUAGUCUAGUUGAACUCUGAUUUCCAUCUCUUAGCAUCUUUGAAACAAAAAACAUAAAAACUUGACGCAUGAGUUAAGUGUCCUAACAUGACUCACCAUCGACCAUUCAGCAGCAGCUAUAGAAUAGAAUGAAUAUUGGGAGUGUGUGUGAGAGAGAGAGAGAGAAUGACCAAUUGAUGAUAAGCCACAGCUUUUCACAACGUUUGGCGACAUGAAGUGAAAAGAGAGAUUACUUUUGAGAGAAUAAACUGUACCUCUGAGAGGAACUCAGAAUAGAUGUGCUUUAUCGCUAUCCCCCUUCUCUCCCUCCUCUCCGCUUCCCCCCUUCUCUUUGACUGGGAGCUCUCUCUCUGGCUUAUUUGUCCAGGGGGACUGGCAGCAUAGCUGGGCUCAGGACUCUGUACACUGCUGAUAGGAUAAUCUUGUUUCUCCAGCUGGGGCUGAAGUGCCAAGACGCCAGUGCUGCUGCUCUCAUGUUUGUAUGAAUAUGCUUCUAUAUACAGGAUUUCUUUCUAACCAAGAGACUGCUUGUUGGCAGUAUUGUGUAGUUUAUAGUGGUGCUAAACACUCAUUGUGCCAAACCCCCCCCCAUUUUUUCCCCCUGUGCUUUUUGGGGGAUUGUUUUUAGAAGGAAACAGAGAUACAAACUUCCAGAUGAGGGGGACGAUCUUAGAAUAGCCUAAAUGUUUGACUGACCACAAAUACUGUCUAGUUGUCACACAAAUAUCUCCAAGUUUUUCUAUGACAUUGAUGAAAUAAAACGUUCAAGUAAAUACACGGAUAUCCGUGGGAGCAUUACUAUAGUUAACCGCCUGACUGUUUCAUGGACUAAUGUAGUGACUUUGCAUGAUUGUAGCAUGUGUGGCUAGUGACAACUUCUUAUGGCUAGAAGAGAAGAGGACUUUAUGACUGCAUGAUGAAGAAACACGCUCUAGACAGCCUCUGUAAUUGCUAGCUAGCUGAAACGUUCAGAGAAACGUCAGAUGUCUAUAUAAUACCAUUAGAAACCUCACAGUGAGAUAGCAUCCUGGUCAUACAUGGACUCCCUCCAGUAUAAGUGAACACCCUUGACUUUUACUCUGGCAGAGCCAGUUAUCAGGUUUGACAUCAUCGAUGAAGCAGUGUAUGAGCCAAGGAAUCAUUGAUUUGUAUUAUUAUGUUGACAAACUUACUGGUGCAUCAUACUCUACAUACCGUCUACAUAUACUACAUGGACAAGACUGUUAACAUCCCUACAGCGAUUUGAUUGUACUGUAUUGCAAAUGGGUGGAAAAGAUCAUGAUUGGUUCCCUCGGGCUAUGAUCUAUGAUGUGAUUGGUUGAUUGACUGACUCAGGCUUAACCUGUGGAGCACAGGGAGUAUAGGAGAGAAGACGGCCCUUGAAUACAGGACAGUCUGAUCAGUGAGUUCAGUGAGGUCGGUCGUUUAUCAUUUCUAGAAAUGGAUAGUGCACUUAAUCUCCCUGAGAGUGUUGGGUUACUAAUUGACUCCAGGAAGGAUUCAUCUCGCCUGGACAUUCAUUAUUGGUGUUAAUAGUACACUGGCACAGUUAGCUUCAUGUAGAGCGAGGCGAGGGGACAGGGCCGAGGGGGUAAACCAGACGGACGUGGGCAGUAGUUGUCCUGCUUCCUCUUUCAAGAACUGAAAGAAGAGUGCAGGACAGGUUGUCCAAAAACAGACUCCUACAAAUGAUAGGCAGCUCUUUUUGUCAGCAGAGAUGUGAGUAGAUAGACUAGAGGGAGAGGGAAUAGAGACAGUGUGAGUGACAGAGAGCUGGAGAGUUCCAGCUACAUUUGUAUCGCACUGAUUUGCUCUCACAAAGCCACAUUGUUUCCGUAAGGCACACAGCUUUUACCAUUCACUCUCUCUCUCUCUCACAUACCCCUCUGGUUUGACAGAGGAGCCUAGAAGUCAUUCAAGAGCUUUCCUCUGGCUGUUAUCCAGAGCAACAGAAUACGUACUGUAGCAAGUCCAACUAAGCCCAACAUAGCAACGCCCUUCAUCAUGGUUGUGCUGUCAUUGCUGCCAUGGGUAAUGGGGACAGAAACAUCUCAUUUCAUUAGGCAACAUUGAACACUCACACCUCCCUGCCUGGGGUCAAAGUAGAUAGAAACCCAGCUGUAUUACAUUGCCAUUCAGAAUCACAAUAUCAAAGACAUUUGGGUCGAUGUGUGACAAGACCUGACAUGAGCCAGGCCAAAGAUAAUUAUUGCGGACUUAGCCAACUGUACUGUAUCUGUAACUUGCUUCCUUAAAUAAAAAAAGAAUAAAAAACUGCCAAAGUUAUCCAAAGGGUCUAUGGGGAUAUUGCAUGGUAAUACGGUAAAGUCCCUCAGUCAAUGACUUAUCUUCUGAACUAAUUACUAACCUGUAGACAUUUACUUAGCCUACAUUUGACCAAAACUUUGACCGACAAACAAACAUCCCCAGUGGGCUGGUUGAAACGUCCAGUUUUGCCUGCUUCUGGGUCAUUAACCUUGAAACUGAGCCUCUUGAUGAUCACUAAUAGUUCAUAGUAGCUUCUUCUCAAAUGACAAGUCCCUAAAACGUUUUUUUUUGGCUCUCUGAGGCUAUUCAAUAAAACGGGAUGCUCUUACUUUCCGCCACAUUCCACCAUGACAUCCACUAUUCCCCUAUACUACAUACAGUGGGGCAAAAAAGUAUUUAGUCAGCCACCAAUUGUGCAAGUUCUCCCACUUAAAAAGAUGAGAGAGGCCUGUAAUAAGGGGAAAAUAAGUAUUUGGUCACCUACAAACAAGCAAGAUUUCUGGCUCUCACAGACCUGUAACUUCUUCUUUAAGAGGCUCCUCUGUCCUCCACUCGUUACCUGUAUUAAUGGCACCUGUUUGAACUUGUUAUCAGUAUAAAAGACACCUGUCCACAACCUCAAACAGUCACACUCCAAACUCCACUAUGGCCAAGACCAAAGAGCUGUCAAAGGACACCAGAAACAAAAUUGUAGACCUGCACCAGGCUGGGAAGACUGAAUCUGCAAUAGGUAAGCAGCUUGGUUUGAAGAAAUCAACUGUGGGAGCAAUUAUUAGGAAAUGGAAGACAUACAAGACCACUGAUAAUCUCCCUCGAUCUGGGGCUCCACGCAAGAUCUCACCCCGUGGGGUCAAAAUGAUCACAAGAACGGUGAGCAAAAAUCCCAGAACCACACGGGGGGACCUAGUGAAUGACCUGCAGAGAGCUGGGGCCAAAGUAACAAAGCCUACCAUCAGUAACACACUACGCCGCCAGGGACUCAAAUCCUGCAGUGCCAGACGUGUCCCCCUGCUUAAGCCAGUACAUGUCCAGGCCCGUCUGAAGUUUGCUAGAGAGCAUUUGGAUGAUCCAGAAGAAGAUUGGGAGAAUGUCAUAUGGUCAGAUGAAACCAAAAUAUAACUUUUUGGAAAAACUCAACUCGUUGUGUUUGGAGGACAAAGAAUGCUGAGUUGCAUCCGAAGAACACCAUACCUACUGUGAAGCAUGGGGGUGGAAACAUCAUGCUUUGGGGCUGUUUUUCUGCAAAGGGACCAGGACGACUGAUCCGUGUAAAAGACAGAAUGAAUGGGGCCAUGUAUCAUGAGAUUUUGAGUGAAAACCUCCUUCCAUCAGCAAGGGCAUUGAAGAUGAAACGUGGCUGGGUCUUUCAGCAUGACAAUGAUCCCAAACACACCGCCCGGGCAACGAAGGAGUGGCUUCGUAAGAAGCAUUUCAAGGUCCUGGAGUGGCCUAGCCAGUCUCCAGAUCUCAACCCCAUAGAAAAUCUUGAAGGGAGUUGAAAGUCUGUGUUGCCCAGCAACAGCCCCAAAACAUCACUGCUGUAGAGGAGAUCUGCAUGGAGGAAUGGGCCAAAAUACCAGCAACAGUGUGUGAAAACCUUGUGAACAUUUACAGAAAACGUUUGACCUCUGUCAUUGCCAACAAAGGUUAUAUAACAAAGUAUUGAGAUAAACUUUUGUUAUUGACCAAAUACUUAUUUUCCACCAUAAUUUGCAAAUAAAUUCAUUCAAAAUCCUACAAUGUGAUUUUCUGGAUUUUUUUUUCUCAUUUUGUCUGUCAUAGUUGAAGUGUACCUAUGAUGAAAAUUACAGGCCUCUCUCAUCUUUUUAAGUGGAAGAACUUGAACAAUUGGUGGCUGACUAAAUACUUUUUUGCCCCACUGUAAGAGCAGUUCCACCUCAGCAGCCCCCAAAUGAAAAGCACAUAUUCCAAAAGCUGGUCAUAUUUUCAUUGUCAUUGUAAAAAUUCCUUGUUCUAAACCGUAAUCACACAGAACUUCAACAAAGCGACUGAUGUCAUUCCCAACUAGAAAGACACAGGAAACGGUAUUAAGGAGAUAAUACUGUAGCUGAUAAGUUGAUUGUAAUUCCAAACACAAUGAAGUAACACGAACAUUGAAAGGCUUCUCCAAAGAAGUUACAAGGAAGAGUAUUUUGAGGCAUGAAACCCUCAAAACUAUAGGAGUGCUUUGUGUUCAUUAAAUGUUGAUAUUCCCUUGUCAUGUACUGAAUGAAAAAACACCAUACAUAAGUCUAAGGCCUUAUCUUUACAAGUAGGCCGUCAUUGUAAAUAAGAAUUUGUUCUUUACUGACUUGCCUGGUUAUAUAAAGGUAAAACAAAGUAAUAUGAGUCCUAGAACAUUUCAUUUCUGUGCUACUGUAGAUAUUAUCUCUAGGUAAAGUAGUGAUAUGUUUCAAGUCAAUGGUCCUGCUUUUCCUUUUGGAUCCAAGACCUUCCGUGUUUAAUUUACAUUCAACUGUGUAUACUUACACUAUAUUACUUGAUCUCUAACUUUUGCUCUACCUUAUUUUGUAUUUCUGAGGGAUAUUCCAGUUUGCCUUGGGCUUUACCUGUUAAUUCUACUGUAAAAAAAAUUCAAAGUAACUUUAGCAUGUGUAGCCUAACUAUAUACUGGGUUUAAACAUGGCGAGAUCUUGUAGGUGUGGUCCAGAACAGGGCCGUGCUUUACAAACACACGAAGAAAACGCAGCAAGAAUUGUUGCUUGUUACGGAAUAAUGAUUUGGUUACCUUAGAGGUUUUUACUCUAUGAAUGAAUUGUGUACAUUGUGUUAGAUCCAAUGAAAUGAUAAACGUGUAGCAUCUGA